GGUUUCAAAUAAUGCUCUUCAAUUCUGUAGGAAGCACUUGAAAGUCCAAACCUGUUUGAUGGACUGGAUACUCACUCAUCACAGAAAACUGAGGCCUCACAACAUCACAGAGAAGAGAGAGAAAAGAUAUCUGAGAUAAGGAAGCAAGGGAAGAUCAAUAAUAUAAAUAAGAAGAAGGCUGGCACACAAAAGCACAUGGACAGCAAUAAAGCCAACAAAGUGGGGAAACCACGAGAUCUGGAAAAUUUUAUCCCUAGGCAUGGCAUUUUAAAGUGCACAAAGCACACAUCAGUGAAAAUGGUCAAGGAGAAACGUGGCAAUUCAGAAGGCAAGGAAGUAAUAGAACUCUGCCGCAAAUCAGUGAAACGUGUCAAAUUCUCAGAAGCAGAUGCUAUACUUGAGCUACCAGAACGACAAAGUCUCUGCAAGAUGUUUUCAGAUGCUAUGGCUUCUUCAUCGUCCUCCUCCUCAUCAUCAUCGUCAUUCACGUCUACCGAAGCAGACAAAUGCAUAUCUGCAGAAAGUGGUAGUUCUCAUAUGCCCAUGGAAGCUUUCACUAAGGCGAAAGAAGCAAAUAAGAAUUCAGAUCAUGAGGAUUCUCCAGACAAAUGCGUAACUGCAGAAAGUGGUACUUCUCAUAUUCCCAUGGAAGCUUUCACUAAGGCGAAAGAAGCAAAUAAGAAUUCAGAUCAUGAGGAUUCUCCAGACAAAUGCAUAACUGCAGAAAGUGGUACUUCUCAUAUUCCCAUGGAAGCUUUCACUAAGACGAAAGAAGGAAAUAAGAAUUCAGAUCACGAGGAUUCUCCUGAGCCUGGUAGCAGAGAGAUGUCAACUCCUUUGAUUGAUUUGAAUAUGGCGUUAUCGGAAUCUACUGAAUUGGACCAAAGGUAUGAUUCAUAUUCAGAGGUGCCAAAUCUGGAGCAUACACAUGAGGAAACUUUAAGUUCUCAUGUCCAAUUGCUUCAUGAGAGAGAAAACCGGAUGAAUUUUUCUGUUGUUUCACACAGACUGGAAAGUGAACAAUCUAGUGCUGACUUGGAAAGAACAACGAAUUCAAGUUCGGCGGGCACAUUUUUGCAUGGUGAGGCGAUAAAAGUUUCUGAUGUAGAUGCUGCUGGUCCUCCAUUGAGCUUAACUGAACUUGCUGAGACUCAUCGUGGUUGCAGUAAUAUUUCAGUAAAAGAUACUAUGACUAUGAGUACGUCCCCUUGUGCAUUGCCAGAUCAUACAUUUCAGGAUUCAUUUGGGCAGCACCAGAGUUGGUUUUCCACCAGCGGCAAAUUUUCUUCCGGGCCAUCUCAUGAAUCUAAUGUGUCACACAGUAAGGAGUUAAAUUUUCGUUCUCAGUUGAACGUGCCAAGUGAGAAUGGACCUUCCACAGGACAGACAGUUCGUUUGAUGGGUAAAGAUCUUCCAGUUUGCACGACCAGAGCUGAAUCGUUUUCCGAGACUGCGCGCAAGCAUACAGGUACUUUCACCAAUGACUACCUGAACGCAAAUGUGUUCUUGCCACAACAAGGACGGCCUUUUCUCUCUUUACAAGCUCAGAAUUUCCCCAAUGAUACAGUAAAUUCUACCAGUAUAACUCAUGCUUCAACAUAUCAUGCAAGCGCAAGUCAGGCAUGGACUACACAUGAUUACAGCCACCCUUUCCCUGCAGCUAAUGUACUUUCUGGAGAUCAGUUGCCAUAUGAAAACAGGUUUGUUGAUUUUUCAAACUCGCAGACCAAUCGGCUUUUUUUAUUGGGCUACCAACCUCCUCCCAAUCAUGGCAGUGCAGCAUUCCAACAGAAUUCCCCGUCGCGCCGCUAUUAUUCUGAUCCUAUCACUAGAACUGAACCACCCACAGCACCACCUUUGCCUACAACCAGACAGCAUGGUGCACCAUCUUCAGGUUUCCAUGCCAAUUUGCCUCAGCAACAUGUUGUGCAUUCAGCAAGCUCAUCAGUGGGUUUUACAUUCAACUAUCCAGGCCAGGUAGUUCAAGCAACUUCCAACAGCAUAAGAGAUCUGACCCUUUCGGCCAGAAAUACAGACAACAGAAUGGGGAGCGCUGUUCUUGGCAAUUCCAAUGCUUCGCCUAGUGUUCGCUAUGUGCAGAAGAGAUCAGGCCCAGUGAAGCUCACUCCUGGUGUGAAGCAUGUACUGGUGCCAAGCGAUUGCACAGGUGAUGGCGAUUCUGCGCCUGUGUACUCCUGUGUUUCGUUCAGAAGUAGGAACACAAAUGCUGCAUGUCCUCAGAACAAAGGAGCAUGAUACCCUUUGUGGAAGUUUUGCUUGGCUGCUGUUCCAUGAAUCUAUAAAACAUCGGUGCUGUUUUUAUUCAAUUUCAUUCAUUUAGUUGGAACCUUUUGAAAAAUGUUUGUUACAUUUUUUUUUCUGUUUGUGAUAGUAUUUCAAAUGAUUUGCUUCCUUCGUAAUUAUCUCCUCAUCUAAACCUGAAUCCAUGGCUGGUGUGGCCUAAGACAUGUACUCUGUUAUAUUUCUGUAUUGUUACUCUUGGUCUGGAAGCGAAAUAGAAAAUGUUACCUACAUUUUGUAUUUGCAAGGUUCAUUCUGAACAGAACAGGCCUGGAGCUCAUUAUAUAUUUUUGUCCUGAAAACCCGUCAA